UGGAGAGUCAUGAAUCCACUUGAGAAUGGGACCAGAUGUGUCCUUGUCUGGGUCUUCUGCUGCGGUUGCCUCCCUCUCAUCUUCUUGGCAAGCCCUGUGCCCUUGAAGGAUGCAGUGAUUCGUACUAACCACUCCUGCGAACUCAUGAGAAACAACUUCCAGAAAACCUACUUCAGGAAUCGUACAUAUACUUUAGCCAGCCAGGGAAGAAACUUUGAUAAGGACACAGAUAACAGAUUUGUUGGGCAGCAUCUGUACACCAACGUCAAGGCAAAUGAUCGCUGCUACCUAAUGAAGAGAUUAACUGAUAUUGUGGUGACAGAUGUCCUCAUGACCCUCUCUGGGGACAAAUAUCCCAGUGCCCAGGAAGUUGCAAGUUUCUUGGUCGAUUUGAAUAGGAAACUGAAUGGCUGUAAACCACUGGGAAAUAAAGAACACAUUGAAAGGAACCUGCAGCAGAUGAAAGACAAAUUACAACAGUUGGGAGAAAAUGGGAAAAACAAAGCAGUCGGUGAGCUUGAUUUGCUGUUUGACUACCUGGAGGAUGCCUGCACUGCAGCACUCAAGGCCCCCAACAAGAGCCACAAGGGCAAGAAGAAGAACAACUGAGUGGGCAAUCAGGAUCAUUGCAGCUUCCUUCGGUGGUGGCCUCUGUGGAACAAGGACAAAUGCAAUGGUUUGCUUUUAAAGGCAGUAGACACAAAUGUUUUUACCCAUACAGAACUCAACGGAGGUAUGCUUUCAUGAGACACAUUUUAAAGUACCAAUCCAGCAGUUCUCAGACUGCUUUAUCUGGAUUAGUGGCAAACUUUGACAGAACAUCUCUACAGAGUGAAUUGAGGGCUGGCAAGUUAGCCUAAUGCAAAACAAAUUUACUUGAAAGGAAGGGCCAGCUCAGACAUGUGAUUGGAAACUCCUCUAGACCUGUCCAUAAAAUACAACUCA